AGUUCUGGGGUUUGCUGAAGAAGAUUCUGGAAAACAAAAUCCUCCAUCACAAUUGAUUCGUGUUCUUGAAACGAAUCGAUCAAUUCAAACAUAUGAAACACUCGGUGAAUCGGUCUCCGACACUUGACGAAGACGAUGUAGCGGAAGAUUUUGAGAAAGACGAGGUUACGCUUCGAGAAAUCAUCAACGUCAAGUUGGUGGAGAGUGGAGAGAAGGAGAAUCUAAUGGAGCUUGUGAGAGAUAGAUUGGUGGAGUGUGGUUGGAAAGAUGAAAUGAGAAUUGCUUGCAGGGAGCAUGUAAAGAAGAAAGGGAGAAAAGAUGUUACAGUCGAUGAACUGAUCCGAGUGAUCACUCCAAAAGGCAGAGCUUCAGUACCAGAUUCUGUGAAGGCAGAGCUGUUGAACAGAAUUCAAAACUUCAUUGUAUCAGCUGCUCUUUGAUGAUGGUGUCUGACAAUUUACUACGAAGAUGGUGUUGUUGUCUCUAUGGUUGUUUUCUACUUGUAGCCAAACGCUAACCAGAGAGAAACCAUAGAUUUUAUCGAUGUAUCAUCUUUGCUGUUGUAGAAUUAGCUUUUUCCAUAUUUCAUCUCCUUUUUAUACCAAAUGAAACGUUGUCUCAGUA